AUCUACAUAGAAAACUUUACGCACAAAACAUACUGGCCAACUGACGACAUUUGGACUAGGUGAAGCAUUGUGUAGACUUGUGUAUGAACUACUCCUUUAAUGCGUGGAGGUCAGUGGCAGCUAUAAAAACUCAAGGCCCGGGUGUCCACUCUGAUACACAAAUACACAGCAUGCUAACACAACUAGCAUUCUUCCUGCUCAUAGCAGAUUAUGCCUAUGGAUGUGGCACUCCUGAGAUUGAGCCGCUCCCUGGCAGAGUAGUAAACGGAGAAGAAGCCAGGCCCCACAGCUGGCCCUGGCAGAUCUCACUCCAGUAUAAACACGGCAGUCGUUGGUAUCAUACCUGUGGUGGGACUCUAAUCGCUCCACGCUGGGUUCUGACAGCUGGACACUGCAUUUUCUCAGGUGAUAUUUAUCGCAUCGUCCUGGGAAAGCAUGACCUCAGCGUGCAGGAGGACACGGAGCAGAUCAGAGACAUCCUCCGCAUUGUCGUCCAUCCUAAAUGGAGCAUUGAGUGUGUGGCAUGCGGUAAUGACAUUGCUCUGUUGAAGCUGGAUAAAGCUGCAGUUCUCAGUGCGAGUGUUCAGAUGGCCUGCGUUCCUCAUGCUGAAGAAAUCCUGCCUCAUGACACACCCUGCUAUGUCUCUGGCUGGGGUGACCUAUACACACAUGGCCCCAUACCAGAUAAGCUGCAGCAGGCCAUGUUGCCGGUGGUGGAGUACAGUGUGUGCAGCCAGAGCGACUGGUGGGGUAAAAAUGUGAAGCCCACCAUGGUGUGUGCAGGAGGAGACUUUCGUUCGAGCUGCCACGGAGACUCUGGAGGUCCUCUGAACUGUAAGGGGAAAGAUGGUAAAUGGUUUGUUCAGGGCGUCACCAGUUUUGUGUCAUCUACCAACUGUAACGAACUGAAGAAACCUACAGUGUUCACACGCACCUCUGCCUUUAAUAACUGGUUGGAUGAGGUCAUGCUUAAGUACUGAGAAUGUCUCAUGGAUCAGUGGAGGACUGUGGAGAAUAUCGAACCCAUUCAGUAUGUGCACUAACCCCUUAAUAAAGCUGUUAUUCCGUGCUGCA